AAAUCUCUGAAGUAAAAUUCAUGUCACAAUUUACCAUCUCUCACCGCAUCGUUCCGCAAUCCAUGGCGUCUUCAGAUGAUUUCAGCCAUAGUUCUAUGCGUGGGCAUGCUCGUUUUCCCUCAAAAGUCCUCGCUAGUUGUUCGAUCAUAACAUGGACACCAUCUCGUACUACUGAUGACUUCAUUCUGGCCCACUGAAUUUAUUCAUCUAGAGAACAGGAAACUUUGACGGUUCUCGCUGAUUUUCAUGGUGGUGGUGACCCCAACAACGAGUUUGUUAUGCCAGAGUACGAAGAAAUCAAGCAGCAGGUUGUCUCUGAGAGAACCGAGGGUGCCAAGUCAUACCUUGAUCUGCUUAAACUGGCAUGCCUCAGCGUGUUGGUCCCGGAAUGGCUCUCCAAAUGUGGUCUCAACUUACCGGUGUGAACGUCAUGAUGUAUGUCGCUCGGCAUUGCUAUGUAAUAGAUCUCUAGCGAGAAUUCCAAUAGGUACUGUAGCGUCUAUGUCUUUGAAGGCGCUGGUCGUUGCUGAAAUUUCAUCUCAGUGUCUGUUUAAUACGUUCUCAAUGUGGCCCCUCACUGUCCCGGCCAUCAUGUACAUUGACAAGUGGGGCCGCCGCCCGAUGCUUCUCUUCGGAACAUUGUUCAUCGGUUUCUUUCUCUUCCUUGUCGGCGGUCUGCAGGGGCAUUUCGGUUACUGGGGUGUAGUUGAUGGUGAUUGAGCGUCUCACUCGUUGCAGUCAUGUCUUCACGUUAUAUUCGACACGAUAAUGAAGUGUUGGAGUUAACGAGGUAGGAGCACGGAUGUGGUGAACGAGGAAAAAAGUUUUCGGAAGAGAACGGACGCUAGGAUAAAACGUUGUAAUGUUACUACAUAGGUGA